AGCGCACAAAAAUUCAAUAACAACCCGAACCGCACAAACGCCAGCAAGCAAACAAAGUUCAUUACGCCCAACCCAACACAACACAAACUGCGCCCGCACUCUCUCCCCUUCCUCCGCCGAAGAAAAGAAACAGAGAAAACAGGGGAGAAGAAAUGACUCUCCGCAGCUGAAAAUUUGGGCGGGGGUUAGGCGCGGCAGUGGAUGGAUGUGCGGAGAAUCGUGGUGGUGGUGGAAGAUGUAGAGGCAGCAAGAACCGCUCUCCGGUGGGCGCUCCACAAUUUCAUCCGCCAUGGCGACAUCUUGACUCUGCUCCACGUUUUCAGCCCCCGGACGAUGGGCGGCUCCAGGAGCUCGAGGAAGAAGAAGAUGCGGUUUCUCCGCCUCGAAGGAUUCCAGCUGGCCCUCUCUUUCAAGGACAUCUGCAACUCCAACUUCUUCAAUACGAAUGUGGAGAUGAUUGUGACUGAAGGGGACGAUGAAGCUGGAAAGAUCGGUGAUGUCAUUAGAGAGAUUGGUGCCUCUGUUCUUAUUGUUGGCCUCCAUGAUCGCAGCUUUCUUUACAGGUUGGCCAUGACCCACACCGAUCUAGCCAACCACUUCAAUUGCAGGGUACUCGCCAUUAAAGCCCCAAUUGUUCCUCCACUGCUAGCAACAAAGAAACCCAGGUCCGUUGGCAGCCGGGCCAGUAGUUCAGCCACGCCAUCUCCAUUGUCAUCAUCAGAUGCUUCAGCUUACCACCAUAGCCUCGACUUCUCCCAGAUCGAGAUCGGCAGGCUAGAGGUUCCUGAAACUCCAACACCGAAAGUUCCUUAUCAAAUCUGCCCCGACCCGUACUCAAUACUGUGGAGAUGGAGGAGGAGGAAAUCCAGGAGGAAAAAUUACUAGUUUGUGAUCUGAUCAUUCAUUCGGUCGAUCUUUGCUUCACCAUGAUGUCUUUAUUGUCUUUAACUUUUGAUUUAUACAUAUAGAUGGCCAGAUAGGGCAUUUCUUUUGCUGAGUCUGAUAGAAAGCUUAAGCUACACGUAAUUGUAGAGAAAGUUCUCCUGAUUUGUCAAACUGUUGUGGCUGGUUCACUGAAAUCUCUGGAAUCCUGAUGUCAGAAGGAUAUUCAGAGACGUGGUUUGUGAUUAUUAAGACCUGCGGGCUGGUUUUAGUUGAGGCCUUAAGGGCAUGAAGAGUCUUCUUGUAGACCAAACCAAGGCCCUCUACUUAUACUUGAGCAUUGUGCAUGUUCG